AGUAUAAGGAGAAUUGAAGUCUCAAAUUCUCUGUCCAGCAUUAUUAAAACAAUACAAAUUUCUUUUCAUAUUCAUCUUUGAAGUUCAAUGACCAGUUACAAACAGAUUAAAGUUCAAUUUGAAGAAGCAAACCCACAAAAAUGGUGUGUUCCACUAAAAGAAGAUGUGUUCGUAACUUUCAUGAACAAGGGAAAUUCGACAACUCACAAGGCAGAUUUCUUGUGUGAAGGUUCGCUGUUUAGUCCACUAUUGUUCGGAAAAUUCUUUGAUCCUUCAGAUGCAUUUCCACUAUGGGAAUUUGAUUCAGAUGUGUUAUUGUCCAACGCACGCAGCUCCAAUCAGUGCACAGUUGACUGGUCUCAAACAGAGACAGAUUAUCUAUUGAGAGCAGAAAUACCAGGAGUUGGUAAGGGUAACAUUCGUGUUUGUGUUGAGGAUGGGAAAGUUUUAGUGGUCAGUGGCCAGUUGAGGCAACAAAAAGAGGACUGGAGAGCUGGAAAUUGGUGGGAAUACGGCUGUGUUCGGAGGAUUGAACUGCCUGAAAAUGCAGAUUGGAGGAAAACAGAGGCAUUCUUGAGUGGCGAUCACAAAUUCUUACAAGUUAAGAUUCCAAAGACCAUUCCAACUGACGAUGUACCUUGAGGGAGCAAUUAACGGGGCAAAAUAAAGAUUUUGAGCUUUGCUUAAUACAGAGAUCGAUGUAUAAAAUGUAAUCUUUUAUAUAACGGAUUAUUCAUGUUAGUAUAUGCUUGACACGUUACUACA